AUGAACAAGGCAAAAAUAGACAAAUUAAAAUCAGGUCCACUAGAAACUCGAAUAUCUAUAGCAAAGGAUAUAUCGAAAGGGGUGAAAGCAACAAUUCAUGUGUUACCGAAAAUUCUUGCAUCGUCAAGCAAAACGUUGGAAUCUGCUGGAAUCGAUAGUGCAUGGGUUGAUGGACUGGGAACGAAACUUUUGAAAACUGUCGGAACUUUAGAAAAGGUGUGGUCAAAGACAGAGACUGUUUUAGCCACUGCAGAUAUUUUUGUUAAAGGCAAACAGAAUAUUAGCAAAGAGCUGCUGCCGGUUAAAGAGAGUUUAAAGAAUUUUAAAAAUGCUCCUUGGAAUAGUAAAAUUGCAGCAGGCAAAGAUCUUGCCAGUCGUGUUAGUGGAUUAAUGGACACAGCCCUUGAUGUUAUAGUUGAAUCUUCCACCGCUUUAAACACAACAAUGACAAAAGAAGGGUUAUUGUCCUCGUUGCAAGAUUUCGCUAGCCAUGCAAACAUUGCCAGAGUUACAAAUUUAGCAAAACAAUCGCUGGAUCGGUUAAAUAAGCUUCAAACUGGUCCAAUUAGCCAGAUUGGGAAACUUACUGACUCUGUUGAUGAGUAUUUUGAGAGCUUGCGAGAUUUUGACAUCAGAAAUGCUCUGCUUAGUGACCCAGCAAGUUUAAAAGAAAAGAUAGGUGAAUUCCAAUAUCUAGCCGACAGUGCAGGAGACAUUCUCAACGACAUAGCCAAUAUUACCGGACUAUGCAAAGGCUGUUCGAUUGACUCUGUUCUUGGUCAAGGAUUCUUAAAGAAAAUUUCUAAUGAUUUAACAACAACUUUUGAUAGUCUUCAUGAAAAGGCCAAAAGUUUGGUGCAACGAGUGAAGAUUGGAAAAAAGGGUGUGUUAGAUUUUAUCAAAACCUCAAAGGAAGUAUCCCAGAGUUUCAAGAAUAUCUUUAAGAACGGGAAAGUCACUCCAAGAACCUUUGAAAGGGCAGCCAAUGAGCUGAGAAAAUCUGCCUUAAACCUGCAGUCCCUGAAAGAUUCUUCACGUGAAAUAUUUUCAUCCAUUCUCAAUGACGAAAAUGAUAUCAUGAAGCUUCAAAACACUUUUGAAAAAGUUGUCGGUACUGUUUCUCAGCAAAUGAAAAAAGCUGGUGUGUUAUCCGAGAAAAUAGAAGAUGCAUACGAGACAGCGGAAUACUUGAAGACGAUUUCGCAUCAGAUCUCGAAAAACUUUGAUGAUUUUGGUCAAGGACCGAUUGAGCUCAAGACUGAUCUUGCACGCAAAAUGUUGACUGGGGUGCAAGAUGUUCUAAAAAGUGUUCCUGUCUUCUUAAAGCAAUCAGCAAACGUCACCUCUCAUGUCGGUGCAGACUCCAACUGGAUGGUUGCAUUGAGCAAUGAUAUAAUGGGAUUUCAGGAGCAGCUUGAGACCGUUUUCACAAAAAGUGACAGAGUAUUGGAAGCUGCAGGCAUUAUAGGUACCAAAGUUGGCAACAUAACGGAAUCCUCCAAGGAACUCAAGAAAGAUCUUGAGAGUUUUCUUGAUCUCCCUACUGCUGAGAAAUUCACAAACUUCAACAAGCUAACAGCUAAGUUCGACUCUAUUUUCAAUGAAAGUAUAGCAGCAACAAAGCUUUUUGAAUCAGCUGUGGCAGAUGUGACUGGAACUAAUCUAAAUGUGAGCAAAGGCUUAAGUGGUAUUGGUAGCAGCCUGUCCGGUUUAAUGAAGAACGUCAGUAAGGGGGUUGAACUGGUCGAGGGAGUGUAUAAUGAUAUUACAGAUACAGUGAAGAUAAUCGAAACAGGGCCAGUAGCUAAAGUAGGUGCUUUAAAGGACUCAAUUGAAGAAUUUGUUGAUUCAAUCAAGAGCCACAAUUUAGCUGAAAUUCUAGUGCAGUCUCCGCGAUUUGCUAAAGAUAAGAUCAAUGAUAUCAGAGACAUUAUGCAGCAUUCUGGAGAGGUUCUUAAAAACGUGGAUAGCCUGAUAAAGAAACACUGCCCAAAGUGUGACGUGAAUGCUCUUUUAGGGAAGGAUUUUCAAGGCAAGAUCUCAAAUGGGUUAAAAAAGGGCUUCGAAAGAAUUACUAGAAAUGUCACAACGUUUUUGAACAAGUUGGAGCAAGGAGGUCAAAGUCUUUCAGAGAUAACAAACGCUGUCGCAGGGAUCGAGAAACAAGCACAGAAUCUCAGAGAUAUAAGCUUUGAUGGUGAUGGAUUGAGAAAGGCAUCAAAUAUUUUAAGUUCCACUUCAUCAUUGAUAACAGAAAUCGGAAAGAGUGGCACAGAAUUGGCAAAUGUUAUCUUCGCUAAAGACAAAGACCUUCAGACAUUGACUGGAAAAUUCGAGGGAUUUGUAACUUUUGUCGGUGGAUUCGUAAACAGCACUGGGAAGUAUAUUGAUAAGAUUAGUAGCGCUGCAGGCAAAGUUGACGAAAUAAAAAAGACGUUCAGCCAAGUUAAACAUGGAUUCGAUGCUGUAAGCGAUGGACCUCUUGAAAUGCGUGUAGAUGCAGUGAAAAAAAUUGCUAAUGGAUUGGUCGACCUCACAUCUGAGAUUCCAGAAUUUUUAGAAAACGUUCCGUUAGGGGGUAACAUUGCUAAUUUUAUGCGUGGAUUCGGCAUACAAGUCCGUGAUAUAGCAAACGGUGUGACAACUAUAAUUAAUAACACGAAAUCAGUGAUAGAUGACGUAACUCACACAGUCGAUUCGAUCAGUAGCAUUGGAAAUACUGCCGGCCAAAUUAGCAAUAGCUUCAAUCGAAUAUUGAACAGCCCGUUUGCAGGAAAAAUUGCUGCUGUGAAAGACAUGGUUGGUCAAGUAAAGAAACUAACAGGAGAUGUUAAUUCUGCAGCAAGUAAUGUUUCAGGCGUGGUUAAAAAGUUAACAGGGAAGACCAUUCUAUCGUCGCCUUUAUUUGGCAGUACUACCGAUCAAAUAUUGAGUGAAAUUUCUAGUGCAGCAGAUCUUGUUUUUGAUCGGUACCAAAAGUUUGACUCUCUAACAAAGGCAGUAAACAGUGCAUUCGAGAGCCUUUCCUCUGAUCCUGUGAAUUUUGCCCUCAAUGACUUACCUAAGCUGUUCAGCCAAGCCGAUGGUUUUCUCUCGACUUUGAUUAAUGACACCAAAGGCAUUGCUUCUAAACUUGGGUUUAGACUUGAUGGGUUGAGCUUGGACCCUAAGCUUGUGUCGUCUGCUAAGGAAUUCUAUUCCUUCUCAAAAAGCACACUUGGUACUAUCCAGAAUGGAAUGCAACUCUUCAAGGAUUUCGAUAAUCUUUUCCGUAGUAAAGAUUUUGUUGAUGGGAUGCAAAAUUUUCAGCGGUUGAUUAAAACUGGAGGGGAUUUCAUUGGAAAUUUGGAUGAUUUAGGACAAAGACUAUUUGGGGAAGGAUGGAAAGACAUGAAGUUAGAUUUUCAAGAUGGGCUUAAAAAAAUUGAAGAUUCUAUCGGAAUCAACCUGAAAGAAACCGGUAGCAUGCUGAAUACGGGACUGGAGGUUGCUGGUGACGUCAUAGGAAUAGUAACUGAUGUUAAGAAGUUACUGGAUUUAAAAGAACUGAAUCUUGAUACUGGGUUGAAAGCAGUUGAUUCAGUGUUAAAGAUUACAGAGAAAAGUAUAAAUUUGUUGAAUAAACUUGGAGCCGGGAUAAGUACAAAAGCAAUGGAGAGUAUUGCAAAUAAAUUCAACACUUUAAUGGCAAUAUACCAGAUUGGCAAAGGUGUUUAUGACUUCAUAAAGUGGGUUAACGAAGCUUGUGAUAUAACUUAUAAAUCGGAGAUAAAUAAAAAAGAAUUGAGAUAUGUAUGUCUUAGAGGAAAGAUUUCAAUUGAAACAGUGAAAGUCCCUAUUAUGCGUUGCAAAAAUGCAACUAGAAAUGUGACGAGGGGAUACGGGGUUGCAAAGGCUUGUUGUGAUGGCAAAGAAUGUGUGUAUAUCCAAAGCAGCAAAUGUCUAAGCGAUAAUGCCCGUUGUAUGCAGCAACGUGACAGUCAAUUAGAUAGUGCAACCGGAAAUGGACAACUGAAAGAGGCAUAUCGUAAAUUUGAACAGGCAAGGCAGUUGAUGGAGACGGCAGAACUAGACAUGAAAGCUCUAGAAAGACUGAAGAGGAGAUAUCAAAUUGCUUACAAUAUAUCGAUAGCUGAUCUCCGAAUGAACACAUUGCGUACAUCAGAGGCAAGGCGAAGACAGGCAUUGCUUUCUAAAUCUUUAACCAGCCUGAAGAGAGUAGUCAACCAGGCCUCAAAAGAAUCUAGAAUCAGAUUUAUCAAAGCUGAAUUCAAUUUAUUGCUACAUAGUCCUGAUCUUGAUAGAAUUCCAUUGAAGUUGGAGCUACAGAAUCAUUUAGGUUCCACCGAGACUGUUAGUUUCAUGAUGGAUUUCAAGAAUGUCCAACAGUCGAUAAAGCUGAUAACAGAUAGUUUGGUUAGAAAGCUGGUAAAUCUCAUCUUUAGGAAACGAAGAGCCGUUAUGAAUGACAAACAAUCGACUGAAUUUGACCAGGCUGUAAAAUGUACGGAAUUUCAAGAUGGUAUGUCCUUCUUGCGUACUAUGCUGCAAAAUCUGAUGACAAAUGUGAAAGUGCUUACAAGAAGCACUAAACCCUACAGUCGUCUGCGAAGAACUAAACAUUUGAAGGUUUCCAAAACACCUUUGCAGGCCAGACGUCAGCUAAUUAAAGAGGGACUUCUUUGGCAGUCAACUACCGCUAGUUCUUUGAAAGAACUUGUUGAAAACUGGCAAAGCGAUGUUCAAGAGCAGAUUAUGCGAGCGUAUGGAGAGCAAUGCUUUGACUUAGGAGACUGUCUUGCUGUAUGGGUUGCUGAAAUAUCAUCAAAACUUGAUCCUGGCUUUAGGAAUAGUGCAAAUUUUCUUGAAGAUUUGAUUAAGUUGUCUAGAAAAGUGGUGAAUAUUUCGAAAACCCGCCGUCUUAUUACACAGGUAAAGAGAAAGAUAUCGAAGUCCUUGCAGCUCGCAAUUAGUCUUCAGGAAUCUGCUUCCUUUUGCCGUGGUCCCCCCGUCCUACAAAAGAGGUUUGCAACCUCUGUUACUGCUUAUUUGGGAGAGGAGCUGCUACUUUCAUGCAAAGUACAUACUAGCACGGAUGUGUCCUAUCUCUGGUACUUGAAUGAAACUGUUUUGCCAGCAUUUAACGAAGAAGAAUUAAAGAUCACGAGCAUCGGAUAUGAGAGUGAGGGCUCCUAUCAUUGCGAGGCUACUAACGAUGCUGGGACAUUGGUUACUAACAAGGUUCUGGUCUCUGUCAGGAGACGAUUUUUAUUCUUAGAACACCCUCAAAGCAUUGCAAUACCAAGGGACAAUCCACGCCCUGUGCGUCUGUCUUGCAACACUACGGCAAGUGAAACUGCCUUGCAUACCUGGUGGCAUCAGACAUUCUCCGGACGUAUUCGAAAACUCAGCUUUUCUUCGCAGAUUCUUACCGUCAAUGCAGCUCUUAUGAGUACAAAUGGUAUAUACUGGUGUGAAGUGAACAAUGGGCACAUGAAACUGCGCAGUAAAAAGGCUGUAGUGACUUUGGUAAGGAGCAGUAGGAGGAAUUAUGGGGUUAGGCUGAUAUUGAAAGGAGACGUUCGUGGCUCGGGCUGCGAAGUUAAAGGCAAUACUAAAUUAAUUGAAAAAAGAAUGAAAGCAGCUUUGGUAAACGGUGCUCAGAUUCAGGACUAUCGCGCAACUGUUUUUGUGAAACACAUGUGGCAUAAUCUUAAAAAAGAAAACGGAAGUUUAGCUGUUGACUUGGUCUUUCAGGCAAAUGGGCAUAACAAAGACAGGGACUUGAACUUGGUUGUCAAAAACUCAGAGGUUCAGUAUAAAAUCCAAAAGAUUGUUAAUAGAUUUUUGUACGAGACAGACGAUGAUAUAUUGCGAUUGGAGAUGGGCAGCUGCAGUUAUGUCAUCCGGAAGUCCGACACGGUUGUCACCUGGGAUCCACAGGAACUCACGUGCCCCCAAGGAAUGGGACAGAGUGAAAACAACUUGCGAUGUGAAUCUUGCAUGCCUGGUUACUUUCAAGAUGUUUUCAGCGCUUGCAAUGAGUGUCCUCGUGGGACAUACCAACCACGAUUUGGUGCGAUGCAUUGUAUACCCUGUGGCAACGGACUUCUAACCGCACAUUCCGGUAGCAUUGAUCAUACCGCGUGCAUAUCAUCAGACUUCAAGUGCUAUGAACGAGUUAACAUGUUAAUUGCAUUGGAUACAACUGAAAUGCCGUCGAAGCAAAGUGAAUCAUACAUAAAGGACUUCCUGAAAUUCUUAUCAAGUCACUUUCUGCAUAAAAAUAGCCGAGUGAAAAUUUCACUUGCAACAUUUGGUGCAUCAAUCAACUUGCUGGCAUCAUUUGAUGGAUACAGUACACACUCAGACGUGGUUGCUGCUGCUUCGAAAGUUGAAUUUGAAGGAACACAAAGACGAACAGAUUUAAUGCUGGACCUUGCAUUUGGACAUUUUGAAGAAGAAGUGGCAGAGGAUGACUAUAAGAGGGUUUUGCUUGUUAUUUCAAGAGGUGCUGCACAACCAUACUCUGCUCGAACUGAGGAGCAGGUGGAAAAAUUAAGGAGCAUCGGGGUUGAACUCUUUUAUAUGACCGCAGAACAUUUGGCUUCUAAAGAAGAGGCUGUGAAAAUAUCUUCAUUUCCAAAACAUGAUCAUAUACUCAGCCUUGCUCAGUUUGAUGAAAUUGUCAGGUCAUCCACAUUCGUGGCAAACUCUUUAUGUAACAACAACAGUAGUUGAGGAUGACAAGUUUCCCGUAAUAAAUUUAUAGCUAUUUCCAAGGAAACGAAAGCAGCUUAAAGGCUUAGAUAAAUUUUUCAAUAGUAGUUAAUAAAGUUCUUUUAAAGAUGCAGUUUGUGGCAAACCGGGAUUAAAGCAAUCAUUAAGGAUUUAGUUUGUAACUAAAAUUUGCAGUCUUACCUUGUUUAUACUUCGUACCUCAAUACUCAGUAUGCAAUCGUGUCUUUGGCCCACGUAUUUGCUUCUAUCACAGCAGUACUCAAUGAAAAUCUUACACACAAGACAUUGCUAUUGCUUCUACGGAUGCUUAAAUGCAAGCGGGUCAUGCUUGACAGAAAAAAGGACCAACAUGAAUAUAUGUCUCCAGUACAGCUUUUCUUGCUAAAUUUAAUACAAUAUUAGGCAAAAACAGAUAGGGCACUAUUUAAACAACAUAUGUAUUUUAUGCAUUUGUAGCAAGACUUUCCCAAGUAAUUGAAAUUUUAUAUUACAGUAAACUCCGAUUAUAAUCACACUAUAUGUAGUUUGAAAAGUCGUUUCUGUUAUUGAAAUGUUACUGUACACGGAGAUUAAUUGAUCAAUUAGAUAUUUAUAAAUGACUGUUACCGUUUUAGCAGAGUAACAAAAAGCUUGGUCGAUUUCUAGACCAGGAACCGUGCAGUUUUUUUCUUAAGAACUUUUUCUCACAAAAGAAAUAUAAUGGCAAUUUAGCCGGAACUUAGCUUAACCUCCUAAAACAGUGGCUUUUGUAUUGAAUUAAUAGAAUUUGCUUCUAUGAGUUUUAUUUACAAAA